UGUACGGAUUACGGAUGGUGAUAGUGACUGUGCCUACAAAAUAGCGACAUCGGCGAUCAGAUUUACAACUUAUUAUAUGACGUAUAAUAUUGACUGUACGAGUGUAUCGUUCCCAGGAGGUUCGUAGUAGCUGUCAGCGAUGCGGCCCGAAGACUUCGCUGACCGGGUAGCCGGGCUGUGUCUGGAGAAAUUCGACCGGCUGCCGGACAAGGGCAAACCGAUAUCCGGUAAACAGUGGACGCUCUUGUCGGGCGUCGUACAGGCCGCGGACGACUCGGGCCCGCCGAAAGUCGUCUCACUGGCCACCGGCACCAAGUGUAUCGGCGCCAGCAAACUCUGUGACAGAGGCACCGUGGUCAACGACAGUCACGCCGAGGUCUUGGCACGCAGAGCUCUGUUGCGGUAUUUCAUCCAAGAAAUCGAAUCGGCUCGCAGAGGCCGUCCGUCGAUAUUUGUGCGGGGGUCAGCGCUUGCAGAAGACAACUGUGGCCCGGAAAACGAUUCGGAUCGCUCAUGCCCGCUGACGUUGCAACCUGGUGUGACUUUUCACUUUUUCUCCAGUCACACGCCGUGUGGCGAUGCGUCGAUAUUUCCAAAGGACGGGGGCAAGCGGGCGGCCGUGGAUGACGACGGCAUCGGACCGGAAGCAAAAAGACGUAAAACCGAAGGCGAUGACGACGACGACGACGACAUACACCGGACCGGAGCUAAAUGUCUGAGCGUAGAGACGAGACAGGACCCUCGACUUCCGGGCGCAGCGUAUCACGCGGUCGGAGCGGUCAGGACUAAACCGGGCCGAGGAGACCGGACGUUGUCCGUCUCGUGUAGCGAUAAAUUGCUGAGGUGGCACUCGUCGGGCGUACAGGGAGCUAUGUUGUCGCUGCUCAUCGAACCGGUGUACUUGUCGUCGCUGACCGUUGGCGGCGGUUGUCCAUACUCUGAGCCGGCCUUGCGCCGGGCCGUCAUUGAACGGGCCAACUGCCCCGACGACGAAUACGCUCGAUCGCCGUCGAUUCCACCGCUCCGACUGGCCCGUUCUGCUUUGGAGUUCGAAUACGCCAAACACCGCGUGGCCGCGGACUGCAAGCCGUGUCCGUCCAGUGUGGUCUGGUGGAAAGACGAUUGCCUCGACGGUGGGGUAGGAGGCACGAACGUGUCAGGGGGUCGUCACGAGGUGUUGGUGAACGGCCGCAAACAGGGCGCGACGAAAAAGGCGGUGGACGGGAAGGCGGCCGGUUCGUCGGCGCUGUGCAAAAAGUCGCUGUUGGACGCGUGCCGACAUCUGUUGGCCGGCGGCGGUGGAACCGCAGGCCCGGAAGUCACUUAUGCGCAGGCCAAGCUGGACGCCACGUCGUACCGAAGCCGAUGGUCGGCCGUUAGGCGCCGGUUGGGCUGCUGGACGGUGAAACCGGAGGCUCUAUUGGACUUCACGUGACUCGCGGUAAUGCCCUACAAUAUUGUUUGUUGGCACCGUCGAAAUAUCAAACUGCCAUCGCCCGCGGACAACGAAACGAUUCGACUGACGGCAAUUAUUUUAUUACUAUUUAAUUGCACUAUUAUCAUCAAUUUUUUUUACUACUGCUGCAGGCGUUAUCCUCUAAAAUUAAAUAGGUUUUCUCGACAUUUUCUAUUGUUAUCAAAAACAAAUAUAAAAGAUUAAUUAUUAAACAACA